AUGUCGAUACCAUCAUCAGAAACAGUAUUAGGAGGACUCGCUUACUCUGAACGGACAUUGGCUAUUAUAAAACCAGAGGCUUAUGAAAACGCCGAGGACAUUGAGAACCAUAUACGGCUAAAUGGCUUUACAAUACUGGCGAGACGCGAAGUGCACCUCACCCCAGAACACGCGGCUGAGUUAUACAAAGGUCACUAUGGCAGGCACCACUUCCCUCAUCUCGUUGCUCACAUGUCAAGUGGAGCUAUAAUCGCAAUGGUUCUGGCUGCUAAGAAUUGCAUUAGCAAGUGGAAAACGCUCAUGGGGCCGGCUAGAGUUGUAGAAGCGCAAGCAUACUGGCCGGACAGCCUACGCGCGUGUUACGGCCGACGAGCGAAAUAUGGCGAUUAUUUUAACGGAGUGCACGGAAGCGCUAAUCUCGCUGAAGCUAUUAGGGAGAUACAUUUCUUUUUUCCAGCUAUGAUAGUCGGGCCAAUACUACGAGGACCACAGGUAGCGGACUAUGUACAGAAGUACAUCACCCCAACCCUGCUACCAGCGCUCACAGCCCUAGCGCAAGAGCGGCCCGCAGAACCGAUUAUGUGGCUCGCGGAUCAUUUGUAUAAGCACAACCCUAACGAACCGGAACUAGCUCCCCAGGCGCGGGAAAUGAGAGAAGACGCGCGAUGUCACACCCCCCGUACCCUCAGAGGAAUCGGACAAAUGAAGAUUUUAAAACUGUCAUGCUAUAAUUUUUUUAUUACCGUUUUUACUGGCUAUUUCGUUAUUUAUUUAUAA